AUGAGACCUGUACUUAGUGAGUCGCAUGUAUGGCUUAACUACUUUAAUGAUGGGUUGAAAUAUUAUGAUACUAAGUUUCCGGAUUAUUAUAAAGAAGCUGUUCGUUUUUUUAGUUUUCCGAAUGAUAUUCUAAAUGUCAGUGUAAAACUUAUACCUGGUAAUAAAUGGAUAAAAAUGGAAAACACAAAAGCCAUCUCUGAUAAACUAUAUUUAGCGAUGCGUGAAGUGCAUAUCGAAAACAUUUUACCAAGCAUAAAACAAUAUCAAGAAAAGAUAAAUAACAUACCUAAGGGUAGCUGGAAUAUAUUGAAUAUCGCAUAUGUUGCUGCUAACCAUGAAAUCAUUUCAUUUUGCACGGAGUAUAUAUUAGGAAAAAGCAGCGUUUCUAAAAAAGGAACAAACGAAGGAUCUGAAGAUAAAACGAAUCUUAAUAACGCGAUGGAAGAAUGGGCAUCUAAAUGUGAAAAAUGUUUUAAUGAGAAAAUGAUUGAUUUAAAAGAAAUCAAUACUGUAUCAAGAAUGAGUUUAGGCAUGGGAAACUCCAGGACGAUAGUUAUAUGA